AUGAUGGGUGGAAAAGACAGGAAACAUUUCAUUCAAUUGGGAAGAGGCAGGAAGGUCAUUGUACAAUUCAAUGUAGAGACAUUUAGAAUUUUAGCCAUUGUUGAGCCCAUCAUGUCAACUUGUCUUAUGAUCAUGAAGUAUACUAUUGACAACUCUAUCAGGCAGAGCACAUCUGAUACAGGUAAUGCCAAAGAGUAUCUUGAGGCUGUUGGGAAGAAAUUUACUAAGUUUGACAAGGCAGAAAAGGAAACUUUGAUGAAACUUCUUAUUACCACAACCUAUGAUGGAGUUAGUGGAUUUAGAGAGCAUAUUAUGAAGCUUACUCAUUUCUUUUACAAGCUGAAAGGAAUGAAAGUUGAGUUAGCAAAUAAUUUUCUUGUAUGGCAAGUACUUGAAUCCUUGCCAUCACAGUUUGAUGCACUCAAGACUUCUUAUAAUGCUCAGAAAGAAGAAUGGGACUUGAGUGAAAUGACUGCUAUUGUAACUCAAGAAGAAGAGAUGAUAAAAAAGGAAAAGUCUCAUGUUGCUUUCAUGAUAACUACUGAUAAAGGGACGAAGAAAUUUUUCAAAGGUAAUAGUAGCAAAUCCAGUUAG